GGAAGGAUGUUUUAUCACAAUAGGAGCAUUUUUCACCCAACCACAUUUUUCCUCAUUGGAAUCCCAGGUCUGGAAGAGGUCCAUGCCUGGAUCUCCCUGCCUUUCUCCACUGUUUACCUUGUGGCUUUACUGGGCAAUGCCACAAUUCUGCUGGUCAUCAAGAUGGAGCAGACCCUCCGGGAGCCCAUGUUCUACUUUCUGGCCAUCCUUUCAACAAUUGAUUUAGCCCUCUCGACAACCUCGGUACCCCGCGUGCUGGGUAUCUUCUGGUUUGAUGCUCAUGAAAUUAACUUUGGAGCUUGUGUGGCCCAGAUGUUCCUGAUACAUACUUUUACUGGCAUGGAGUCUGAGGUCCUGGUGGCCAUGGCCUUCGACUGCUAUUUGGCGAUCUGUGCUCCACUCCACUACACGACCAUCCUGACAUCCAGGGCUCUGGUGGGCAUCAGUUUGUACAUUGUAAUUCGUCCAGUCCUGCUAACACUUCCCUUGAUCUAUCUCAUCUACUGCCUUCCAUUUUGCCAGGCUCAUAUACUAGCUCAUUCCUACUGUGAGCACAUGGGUAUUGCAAAACUGUCUUGUGGAAACAUCCGUGUUAAUGGUAUCUAUGGGCUUUUUGUCAUUUCCUUCUUUAUCCUAAAUCUAGUCCUUAUUGGAGUCUCCUAUGUUUAUAUUCUCUGUGCCGUCUUCCACCUCCCAUCCCAAGAUGCACAGCUAAAAGCCCUAAGUACCUGUGGUUCUCAUGUUGGGGUCAUCUGUGUUUUCUAUAUCCCCUCAGUCUUCUCUUUCCUCACACACCGGUUUGGACACAACAUACCCCGCUAUACUCACAUUCUUAUUGCCAACCUCUAUUUGGUUAUCCCACCCUCACUCAACCCCAUCAUUUAUGGUGUCAGGACCAAACAGAUACAAGAGCGAGUGCUCCAUGCCUUUAUUAAAAAAUAA